AGGGGUUUCAGGGAAACUGUACUUCAAAGUCUUGAAAGCAAAAAACUCAUGUCACAUGUAUGUGUUAAGCCACAGUGGGGUCAAAACUGCAGGCAUACUAGCCCCUGCUGAGGCAGCGAAGCCUGCCAAGUUUCAAGGAGACAGGUGCAGGGGUUUGGGGGAAACUGCACCUCAAGCUGUGGACAAGCAAAACUCGUGACAUGGGUGACACUGUGUGUUAAGGUGCAGCAGGGUGAAAGCUGCAGGCCUGCUAGCCCCUGCUGAGGCCACAAAGCCUGCCAGCUGUCAAGGAGAUGGGGGCAGGGCUUCUGGGUUCUGGGACCCCGCACUUCUAGCUGCUGACAAGCAAAACUCAUGGCAUGAGUGCUUGUGGGAUUGUGUCCGUCCUGGGGCACAGGGGUGAAAACUGCAGGCCUGCUAGGCCCUGCUGCGGCCACAAAUCCUGCCAACUGUCAAGGAGAUAGGUGCAGGGGGAGUCUGGGUUCUGGGGCCCUGUACCUCUAGCUGCUGACAGGCAACACUCAUGACAUGGGUGGGUGACACUGUGUGUGUUAAGGUACGUCCUCACUCAACUGACACCAAGGCAGAAAGCAAGGCAGGUCAAACAAUGCUGCCUUUUAUGCAGUUUUUCCAUCCCUCCCACAGAGCACUGGGAUUGGAAGGGACCUCAGGAAAGGAUGACAGUCACUGGCCAGCAACACAGUCAAUAAUGAGAGCACUCCUUCCCCCCUCCUUCCUCUCCUUCUCCUUACUUUAGUUUCUGUUUCCCUGCAAGCAAUCCCAGCUUGAGCUUCGAAACUCGAAGCAUUUCUACUUGUCUCGUUGUUUUGAGGCUGUUUCAAAGCUCUCUGUAUCAUUUCAAUUUUGCUGUUUCAAGCUUGAAACAAGUUGAAACAGUGUCAAAACGAAACUGUGGGCGAAAUUUUGCACAGCCCUACUGCUAGUCUCUAUCUUGGCUGUGGUGUAGAUUGGAAUAUCUUUUUAUCUUGUAACUUAUUUGCUAGCUAUCAUAUUUUCUGUCAAAGCUCCACUUUCUUUCCUUUAAUAGCAGUAUUAGGAAACCAUAGCGAUCUGUGUGUUUGCUGUUAGUGGAGGGGUGUGUUUAGACAUUAGUGCUGAAGGUAGCCACUAUGAAAUUAAGUUCUGAUUUGUCACCCACUCCCACCCCACCUUGUGUGAUCUAUACCCCAUGUAAAGAUUUCAUGGAAAUUGCUUUCUGUGAAUCUCAGGAUAUUAAAAGAGAGGGGAAUUAUUAAAAAUGGAUUCCUCACCAUUUAAGCUUUAUUGCCUAAUUAGUUGAAAUGGCUCACUUUUGGGUUGUAAUUGUAUUCACUUUCAAAAUCUUACUAUUGCAAUUUUUGGUCCAACUCUGAGGAUGACUAUGUAGAACUGUUUGUUUUGUUUUUUACUUGACCCUGUUCUUAACCACUUCUUAUUACUCCUAGAAAUAAGCAUUCUGAUUUGCACAUGCAUACAUUUGGAAACAUCAUACCAUACUAAGUCAAACACCAAGGCUUUCUAAAGUUAACCUUUUCACUUUAUUCAGUCUCUGGAUGGAACUCUUUCCUUCAUUUGAACAUCUAAAGAAAUCACAGGUAAAGAAGGCUGGUCUUGUUGUGGUGAAAAACAUGAAAAUUGUUGGUCUACAUUGCUCCAGUGCAGAAUUGCAUGCUGGUCAAAUUGCUCUUAUUAAACAUGGAUCAAGACUUAAAAACUGUGACCUUUAUUUUUCCAGAAAACCAUGUUCUACUUGUUUAAAAAUGAUUGUAAAUGCUGGAGUGAACAAAAUUUCAUAUUGGCCUGCAGAUCCUGAAGUCAGCUUGCAAAUUGAAGUGUCCAACCCUACCACUACUGAAGAUGCAAAGCUGGAUGCCAAAGCAGUGGAAAGACUGAAGUCAAAUAGUCGAGUUCGUGUGUGUGUCUUGCUUCAACCUUUGGUGUAUUAUAUGGUGCAGUUUGUAGAAGAAACCUCUUGCAAAUGUGACUUCAUUCAAAAAAUUGCAAAAACUCAACCUGGGUUUAAUACUGAUUUUUAUGCUGAAUGUAGACAAGAAAGAAUAAAAGAGUAUGAAAGUUUAUUCCUAAUUUCAAAUGAAGAAAGGCACAAGCAAAUACUGAGGACUAUAGGGCUGGAGAAUCUCUGUGAAAAUCCAUAUUUUAGCAAUCUUAGACAAAAUAUGAAAGAUCUUAUCCUGGUUUUGGCCACAAUAGCUGCCAGUGUUCCAGCCUUCGAACACUUUGGAUUUUACUGUAAUGGAUCCCGGCAGACAUGUGAAAUGUACCAUCAAAGCUUGCCCCAAGAAAUUGCAAGGCACUGUAUGAUACAAGCUAGGUUACUGGCAUACCGAACAGAGGAUCACAAAACAGGAGUUGGAGCUGUGAUUUGGGCAGAAGGAAAAUCUAGAAGUUGUGAUGGGACAGGAGCUAUGUAUUUCAUAGGCUGUGGUUAUAAUGCCUUUCCUGUUGGAUCUGAAUAUGCUGAUUUUCCUCAUAUGGAUGAUAAACAAAAAGAUCGUGAAAUCAGAAAGUUCAGAUACAUUGUGCAUGCUGAGCAGAAUGCCUUGACAUUCAGGUGUCAAGAUAUAAAACCAGAAGAGGAAAGCAUGAUUUUUGUGACAAAAUGUCCAUGUGAUGAAUGUGUGCCUCUAAUCAAAGGUGCUGGGAUCAAGCAAAUCUAUGCAGGAGAUGUAGAUGUCGGAAGAAAGAAAGCAGACAUAUCAUACAUGAAGUUUGGUGAACUUGAGGGUGUUAGCAAGUUUACAUGGCAACUAAAUCCAUCUCAUGCUAGUGAUCAAGAGGUCCAAGAAUCUGCCAGAGAAAAUGGUGUACAGAGAACAACAUUGCUUGAUGACCCACAGCACCAAAGCAAGAAGCUAUGUCUUGGAAACCACUGAUCAGUUACACAGGAAGCAGAAACAUUAGGUCUCUGUGAGCCUUUUAAAGCACUUUUAUAAUCCAGCCUGCUUGUGCUGUCAAGUAAGGUUGGAUUUUAUUUAUUAAUUGUUGGAAAAAUGAUUUUAGAGUAAGUUUAUUUAUGAGGUCUUAAAUGUUUUGUAUAGUUUUUAAUUUUAGACAUUUAUAAAGGAUUUUUUCCCUGUGAAAAUGCUGCUUAGAUAUUACAUGUAGAACAAAUUUGGUGGCCACUAUUAAGAUUGCUUGGCCGAUCAUUAUGAAGUGAGAGCUUCCAGUCAUCAGAUCUGAAUCAUCUCUUUGCUAAUGGGACAGAAGAAUCUAGUGAAAUAACAUCUGGUUGGCUCAUGACAUAAAUUGAGGAAAUUGGUUUCAAAACUCAAAGCAAUCAGAUUGUAGUUUUGCAGAAAUAAAGCCUGAUUACUCAAGUGCUUGUGGAAGUCCCGCAGAGCACAGUGUCAGAGACAGUAAAAUAGAAAUAGUUACUAACGUGUAUGUUCCUUUCAAUUCUCUGGUACACUGAAUAUGAAGUCAAUGGAUUACAGUGUUCUUGCUUGAUAAAUGACUCAGCCCUAUUCUCCUCUGUGCCUCUGCCAUCUACAUCAGCACCCAGAGCUAUUAUUCUGUGACCACAUUCUCUUGCGUUGAUGUCAUUUUCUGUGGAUAUUUUUUUUAAUGUACUUCAAUUGAAUGGUCUUGAACAGAAAUCAGUGUAUCACUUCUAAAAGCUGAAAGUAUGUUUGUGAGACUUCAGAUCUUGGAUGAGACUCUCGGUACCUUGCAUGUUAUACACUAGGAUGCUCACUUGUCAGGUGGCAGAGGAAACAUUGAUAAUUUCAUAAAUAAUAUCAUAGGAGCAGAUUUGUUCCUGUGGGAAACUCACUGGCUAGAAAGUGACCAGAUUUCUUGAUGUCAUUUUUGAUACAUUGAUUCAACAGUGAGAUAAAAGGGGAGUUUUGGAUACCAACACUGUAGAUAACUAACACUGGAAUAAGGAAUGUAAAUUAGCAAAUAGACUGACCUUGCAAACUCAUCUCAUUGGCUGUGAAGGAACACCGUGUAACUCCCAGCUGGCAGACAUUUGCACACUGUGCCAAAAUACAAGGGCAUCCCCAGUAAUUUUGGUCAUGGGGUAAUCCUCCCCACAUCCAGAUUGUUUGUGGGUCAAAGAUGCCUCAUGUGAUAAAGGUUCCAAGAUUUUCUUUCCCUUCACAGCUCCCACUUGCAAACUCCUAAAACCUUUCCCUUUUCCACUGGUACUAGGAUAUGCAAGUGGCUUCCCCCACAUGUAACAGGAGUACACAAAUCCUUUAGUCUGUGCUCCUCCUCCUCAUUCUUCUCUUGAGCCAUUGGGAAGGGUAAGUUCUUGGGAAUCAAAAGCCAAGUCUCCUGCUCAGUAUUGCUGAACACUGGACUGCUGCAGCAGUCAAGGGCAUAAAAAAGGAAUACAAAAGACGUGCCCUUAGGAAGAGAGGAGUGCAUUUCCCAGCUCCAGCAUUGCAAUCUCCACUACAGCUACACACAUUAAGCAAAGAUCCCUGCCUCUAUCGCCUUUGCUUUCCAGUGACUCUGAAUAUUCUAAAAUCUAUUUUAGGACUUUCCCCUUUUGGUGUCCCUACAGUUGCAUGAUGGCUUCAUGCAUAGAACCUCAUGGCUUUCUCCUGGGCUGGGCAAAGGGCUGGCACCCAUUAGACAAGAGAGACCAGAGUGUAUACAUAGCCUUCAUUCACGUAGCAUUUCUGUCACUGUUAUACUGUUUGUCAGAGGGGCCCCGUUCUUGAUUUUUAAGGGAUUGGGUCUAGUCUCUACAGUCUGGUUCUGGAGGCUGUGGUCACUUCUUGUGGUAUGAAGCAUGGUCAUGAUUCCUUUUAAGUUUACACUGCCUGCUUACUCUACGUUUAUGGACUUAAAGCCUUCCCCAUCCGCCUUGCACAACUACUCAGCUCUUGUUCCCUUACAUGGCCACAGUUUGGGUACCUUAGUGGCUGCCAUUUCCUUUCAGUCUGUUUUAAACAUCUUAAAGAUAUUCUGGAAACUGGCAAAUAACUGAAUGUUGGGUGGAGCUCUCUGCUGCUAACAUGAGGGUGUGACUAACUUUUAUAUACUGUUCGUUCAUUUCACUAAGUAAGGAGGCUGCAACUUCUGUUCAUAAAGCACACACUUGCCUUCCUUACUCUGAGGCACAGGUGUCAAACAUCUGGCCUGCAGAGCCUUACCAUCCAGUGCUACCCCUAUGUAUGAUCAGAUCCACACUGGGCACGAUGUACUUCUAUGGUGCAUGGCUGGUCUGCAGGCUGGAUUGGGCCCACAGACUCCCUGCCCUCUCCUUCCUCCCCUAGCAUACCAGAUUUGGCAGCUGGUCCAGCCCAGAGUGACCAGAAUGGGCAUCGUGUGCAGCACAAUCCAGCUGGAGCAACCACUGCACUGCACACAGUGGCCAACCUAGCCAGGUUGUACCACAUGCGGCACCCACUCUGGGAUGUCCACCAUGCGCAGUCCCUGCUGCAGCUGGUCUGGGAACUAUGCUGCAUGUGGUGUUUGUGGGUUGCGUGCAGCACAGUUCUCAGGCUGGCUGGAGCAGGCACUGCAUGUGGCACAAUCCCAGAGUUGCCAAAGUGGGCACCUUGUGUGGUACAGUCCUUCCAGGCUAGCCACCACAUGCAGCACGGCUGCCACUCCAGCCAGAUUGCUGCAUGCAGCACCCGUUCCAGUCACUCCAGGAUCCAUGCUGCAUGUAGCACGGGUCCCUGAUUGGCUGGUACAGCCACUGGAUCAGGGAUGCUGAUUAGGGGGAUGGGGUCUGUGGGCCCACUCUGGCCCACAGACUGGCUCUACACUACUCAUCUGGCCCUGCAGGCCCUGCUCUAAGGACUACCUUUAUUGGGCGUGUGGUUCAGGGAGAGAUAAGGGUGGCAGAGUAUCCCUGUUGAGACCUCUGACCCCAUGCCAAGCAUUUACACAACAGAAGGAAGCUGUGAUAUAAAGAGAUGUGGAUGUGUGAUUGCAUUAUUUUAUGGGUACAUUUCUAAGCACUAGAAUAAACCACCAAGGUUUUGAGCUCUGAGCUGAACAGACAGCUCUCUUUGUCUGUACCCUAGCCUAAAGGCUUCACUAAGGCCUGCACAAAUCCAGUUUCAGGCUGAGAGCUUAAGCUGCUGUUCUGGAUACCAUAUAAAUGUCAUCAUCACCAGGAGACUUUUCUAAAUAAGCAUUGCACAGUUUGACCUGUUAUAAAAAGUUUUUUUUUUUCAGUGCAUAAUAUUGGACUUUGCUGCAAGGAACUUAAACAUUCUGAGAGCUGUAGUAGGACAGUAUUUAAAGAAAAACAGAUUCUCUUGUUUAAUCAUAGGCAUUCUACUUCAACUUGCAAGUCUCAGAAAAGGAAAGAAUGUCCUAAGAUAAGUGAAGUUACCUAAUGUGUUUAGACUUAACUAUUUAUCCAUAUUAAAAGGACACUGUCAAGGUUAGUACAAUUUGAUCUACCUUUUCAUCCAUGAAGUGUGCUGACUUGUAAUUUAGGCACAGAGAAAAUCAGUAAAGGUCUGAUGCUCCUUCAGGUUUUACAUAGAUUUAAGAAACCCAUAGUGCUAGCAGGAUAUUUGUAAGGAAACCAAUUGUGCAUGUUCCUUUGGCAGUUAACGGUUCCUUUAAGUGACUAGAGUUCCUAUGCGGCAUGGUGAUUAGCAUACAUAAGCAGGAAAAAAAGCAUCAAGCAGUAUGUACAUGAAAUAAAGAUGUUAUCUGUGUUCUUUCUUAAAAUGAAGAAAACUUCAGCAAGGAGACGCUUCUAGAAUGCACUGGGUGUUUACUUCUUGAGAAGUUACUCUAAACAUUAAGCCUUUAUUUAAAAAAAACAAACCUUUUAAAAAGGGAAAAUCUGGAUUUUUUUUGCACAAUGUUUUGUUGCGAAAAGGGUGGUACAUUUUUAUAAUUGUUAAUACAAAAUGUGUGGGGCCUGCAUUUUUACAGCAUUCUGUCAUAAUGCUCCUGCCUAUUCAGUCUCUGGCUCUUAGGCUUAAGUAUGUCUGGUCUUGCACAGGAAAGCCCAUUAAAGGUCUACCAAUAUACCUGAACCCUCUAUGUAGCUACAGUGUACACGGUCUGUUCUUCCCGAAUCAUAGCCCAUUUAGAUGCUGCUAAAUGCUUUAUCUAAUGAGAAAAAGAUGUCAGGAACCUACUGAAGUCCCCUACAGCACUUACCUUGAGAAUGUAUUCCAGGAAGCUUCUCUGUUGUAUGCAAAUAUUAUAUAUAUAAUUUUAGCACAUCCUAUAAUUGAGCUAAAUAAACAUUACAAUUUUACAUUUUAUAUUAAAGUAUGACAUUUGAAAUUUGAGCUUUUUUUGAUCCUGUCUCUUCAUGUUAGAACAGUUGUAUUGAACCUGUUCAGCAGAAUUAUCUUUUUUUCAGUGUCUACCAUCUAGCAAAGCAUAUCCUUUGCUAAUAAACGAUUCAAGUAUUUAAAUGGUUUUGACUUACAAAGGACAGUGUUAACAGCUUUGAAGCAUAAACACCACUUUCUCUUUUUUGGAGAGAGCAGGAUCAGUGAACUCAUUUGUCCCUUAUAACCUGAAUCUGUCACCAUCUUGUGGCUAGAUUGAGGCAUUUGUCUCAUCCUGAGGGUACUGAGUCCAGGCAGAACUUUAGUGGAUUAGUAGUACAAGCAGUCCUCGGAUUUAUGACACAAUUGGUUCCUGAAAACUGUAUCUUAAGUCGAAACGUUGUAACUCAGAACCAAUUUUCUCAUAAGAAACAAUGUUAUAAAUGGGGGAUUGGUUCCUGAACCAAGCCCUGAUACCCUGUUUUCACCAAAAAUACCCCAGAAUUUUGUACUUGAUCAAUUAUAAAUGAGUAAUAUAGCUACAUUAGUGUAUUUAUAUUGUAAAUAGCAAUCAUACUGAUUUGGAAGGACUUCUUUGAGGUGACUUUACUGGACUUUUUGGAAAGGCUCUUGGUUGGACUUUUUGAAGGGUUCUUGGCUGGAGUCUUCUCAUAAGUCCUGGCUGCAGGUUUUUUGGCGUUUUGGCUGCUUUCUUAAAGAAAAUAUCCAAGGAAGUUUGGACGGAUGUUCUCCAGGGAGAUGAGCAACGCAGCCAACUUGUUCACUGGCAUGGCAUUGCAUCAGAUCAAGCGUAAAGUUGAAACUGACAUUAUAAAGUUGAAACAGGGUGUCAAUUUAUAAAUGUAAGUGUGAAACAUUGUAACUCGAAACGUUGUCAGUCAAAGACUAAAUGUAGUCAUAUUUGCA